ACCAUAUCGCUCUUUGGCUCAAGAAGACUACCAGCAACAGCACCGGGACAUAACCUGAUAUACUUCAACACAUACUUUAUUCCAUCGACAAUCACAUGUCCCAUCAGCAACACCGCCACCAACAACAACAACAGCAGCAGCAGCCCGAUCCUCAUCUAGGAAUUCACGACAGGCAGCACCCUAUACCCCAGAUGGCUGCAGGUGCCCCAGUAGAGGUCGGCCCCACCUCAGCCAGCAACCAAUACACGAAUACCGGUAACAGCAUUAAUGCAUAUGGCGAUGCCUCUACCAGUCUAAAAGUGCCCACGGAUCCCCUGUCAACCAGCAGGCCCGAGUCUCCAGUGAACAGGAAGAGGGCCGACGACGACUCGCUCUCGGGACAGGGCCAUCGUCACGAGGAUGGCUCCCACAGUGGAAACUCGUUGCCACCAACGAAAAAGUCCAAGACAUCGCCUCCUCUGGCACCUAGCACCAACAUUUAUAGCAGCAACAGCGGCCAUUCUCUCUCGGAUUACAGGACCUCCCGGGAGACUAUCGACGACGCGCUCUCGCCUCAGACCUCGCCCAUCCUGGAACCGCUCGUGCCGCUGUCGACGUCCAUGAGCGAAAAGAGAUAUUCGCCAGUGGCGGAGAACCCAACUCAGUCCAAGGCACGCAAGUUGGAUGACGAUCGACCCUUGUCUCCGCCGUUUCGAGUAGGUUCACCCCCAUUCAGAACCGGCUCUCCAACUUUUCGAGCAACCUCGCCUUCGUUUGGUCGAAGCGCGACUGCCAUCCUCGACAGCCUGUCCAAGCCAGGGGAAAAUUCACUCGGUAACUUGAACCUGGGCACACCUAUCAUUGGAAGAACACCCGUAGGGGAGCGAGUGAUGGGUGUGAUUACCAGUCAGCCAAAUUCGCGCCAGGCGAGCCCCGAUCCACGCCCAACGCCAGGAGCUAUGGAGACAGGUCGACUUUCAGAUGCAAGAGAAGGUGCACAAGGAGUGGACAGAGAUCUGAACAACACCACAUUCCGCCUCGACGAAAACAUGCCUGGCGAGGAUGCAGCGAGGACAAGUCGGGAGCCUAGCCCCGCUGGAGCGAUGCCCAUUUCUGAUGACGAUAUUCACCACGACUAUGAUCAAGAAGAGGACGAUCCAAUACGGUCGCUUGCAGAGGAGCCCAUGCAUCCUAUUGAGGGGCCAUUUUCGUACAGCUCUGACACCGGCAGCGAUUAUGGCGACGACUCGUUGGACGAAAUCGACGUCGAGGGUAUGGGGAUGCUCGACUCGGAUUCGGACUCAGAAGACACUCCAUAUCAGGAUCCAGACCCUAUGUGCCUCGAUCGUUUAUCAGAGGAGGAAACGGAUAUCAUUCUUGAGGAGGCCAGGAUGCAUGGUAUUUCAUAUGUCAUUCGAAAGUACAUUUUAUCGGGACUCAUCACGACCAAGAAGAUGCUGCUCAUGACCAUUCCUGAGAAGAUUGAAAUACCUGAGACUGUGACGGAGAGCCAGUUAAUCAGGACAAUAUCAGCGCAGCUCAAGAGGAUUUUGCGGAGGCGCAAGCGACUGCAGCACAUUCACUCGCUGGAGCAUGUGGUUAAGCUGUUGAAGACCUCGAAACGAAUUAUGGUCCUCACUGGUGCCGGUGUCUCUGUCUCGUGUGGCAUCCCUGAUUUCCGAUCUGAGGACGGUAUAUACUCGAGGCUCUCGGAAUUCCAGUUGGAUGACCCUCAACAGAUGUUUGAUCUUGGCUUCUUCCGAGAGAGGCCUGAGAUCUUUUAUUCAUUCGCCCGCGAGAUCUUUCCGAGCAAUUUCACGCCGAGUCCGAGCCAUUAUUUCAUAAAAUUGCUUGAGGACCAGGACAAGUUACUCCGGAAUUACACACAGAACAUUGAUACGCUAGAACAGAAGGCCGGAAUCCGCAAGGUGUUGCAGUGCCAUGGAUCAUUUGCGACAGCGAGCUGUGUGCGCUGCGGACAUCAGGUUCCAGGAGAUGAUAUCAAGGAGCAGAUCUUCAAGCAAGAAGUCGCCUAUUGCAAAGCCUGCAAAACACCCAGUCCACCGCCCAAAGCCAAAAAGCGAUCCAAGUCGAGAUACCAUUCAUCAGACGAGGAUGAAUCGGACGAUGACGACGACAUAAAUAGGGCGCUGAUGAAGCCAGACAUUGUGUUUUUUGGAGAAAAACUCCCGGCGGAGUUCCACAAAUCUUUGAAAGAGGAUCGGAAGGAGGUCGAUCUGUUAAUCGUGAUUGGAAGCAGCCUAAAAGUGGCGCCGGUCAGCGAUAUUAUGCACGAACUGCCCAACUCAGUGCCACAGAUCUUGAUUAACCGUACACCAAACCGACAGAUGGAGUUUGACGUCCAGCUUCUCGGUAAUUGCGACGCGAUCGUGGCAGAACUUUGUCGCAUGGCUGGAUGGGAACUGAGGCAUGAGAAACUACCUGGUGGCACCUCUGCUGUUCCUGAUAUGGAAAAGAACACCAACAGUGACGGGUCUGGUGUUGGAGGCAGGGCUGCGUGGUCUUUCAUAGAACCGAAUACCUACCUUUUUGAGGGCGCUGAUCUGGAGGAGAUAAAUUUUGAACUGAUUCAGGAGCGGAACCGACAGAGGGUUCAAGAUGAGAUUGACGACGAUGCUCCUGUGGAGAACGAUGAGAGUUCAGACGAAGAAGAGCUUGAUGUCGAGGACAUGGAGGGCUUGGCAGGAGAUCCCCCUCAGCGACGACUUUUAUCUCAGAGUGGCCGAGCAGCCAGCACGGGUCCGAUGGAUGAGGAUGUGGUGGAGGAUGAGCAAGAAUCUGAUAGCGGCAGCGAGCAUAGUCAAGAUACUAUCAAGGGUACUGGUGGCGCGAUGGCAGCGGGAGCAAGCUCGUCUGUUAGCCCACGUAUCCAGCCCAUCGGAUUCGCGACGGGAACGACUGAACCGCGAUCUGGAAGCAUCACUGAGAUUCACCAAGGUGUCAUCCCUGCUGCCAAGGCAGAGGCCGCGACCUUGUCGUCUUCAUCUCUACUGCCCAGUUUGCACUCACCGACAUUCGGAGGGAUCGAUUCCAGGCAAUCACACUCUCAGGCGGCACAAGACGAGGAUGAUGAAGAAGAGGCCAAGAUCCGGGUGAUGUUUACGGAAAAAAUGCCAAAGGAUUUGGGAGAGGAGGACGGCGAUAUGCUUGGACAUGGUCCCAGCAGACGGCCGAGCGAAGACCUGAUGCCCAUUACCGAGGACACACAGCUGGAAAUUGACGAUGAUGAGGGGAGAUCUACUGCGAAGGAUGAUAUCGACUUGGGGGGACCUUUAGAGCAGACAGCUCUCGCGAGUACCUCAUCAAGUAGACAGACGACGGGGCCUACAAAUGCUAGUCUAGAAGAAUCAUGAUACGGCAACACAUAUGUAUAUAUGUUUUUAAACACUUCCUAUUUGUCACAUUCUAUUGCUUACAAUACCCUUCGAAUCUUUAUUGAAACCUUGUUGGAU